AUGGACCAGCAAGAUCUUGAGCUGCUGGCGACCAAGAAGCACGAGCUGCUUCACGCCGCUCAAGAGGCGAGGAAGCUCUCCUACUCUCCUUACAGCAAGUUUCGCGUGGGAGCGGCGCUGCUCACCAAGUGGGGCGAGAUCAUCCUCGGCGCCAACUACGAGAAUGCAUCAUAUGGCGGCACCGUGUGCGCCGAGCGUACGGCGCUCGCCAAGGCGCUCAUUCGCAGCGAUGCGCUCGACGUGCCCGAAACCGGCUCGGGCCGCAAGGUGUCGCGCGGCGAUAUCAUCGGCGUGGCUGUGGCGAGCGAUCUCGAGGGCAGCUGUAGCCCGUGCGGAAUCUGCCGCCAGGUCAUCCGCGAACACUGCAGCCUCAACGCACGCAUCCUCAUGGUCGGCUGCAACUGGUCCAAGGCCAACGCGCAGCAGCCCUCGCCAGACGCCGUCACGGACCAGGGCGGAAAGGAACUCAACGAGCCCAAUGUUGAGGUCGUCACUCUCGACUACCUCUUGCCCAUGAGCUUUGGCCCCGAAGACCUCGACAAGCCCAGGCAGUCCUCAUGA